AGUGGACAGAGUGUUCCUCCUCUCUCAGUGUGUUAUUCUGGGAGGAGACUCAGAGACUCAGAUCCUCCAACAGAGAAUCAGAACUACCAGCCUGAACCCAGCAGCAGCAGGUACUCUAUUAUCAUUAUAACUUCAGACUGUAGAUAACAGGCCCUGCAAACAACGACAUUAUCUAUUAUUAUUGCGCAGUUCUCCCGCAGAUACAUCCCGGAACAUCGUAUCAUUGGAUCCGGUGUGCUAUAAAGAAGAGAGAUGAGGAGGCGGAGCCGGGUGCCGAGGGAGGACGUGCCUGCAUACCUCGACGAUGAGCCAGCAGCUGAAGACGACGACAACAUCAAGGACCACCCGCAGGCGCAGCCGGGCAUGUUUCGGCAGGUUGGCGGGGGGCUUGUACGGUGCAACUAAAGGAGCUCUGGAGCGACUGUGGGCGGCGUGACCUGGAUAGGAGGAACGAGUCUGGAACUCACCAAGACCACGGUCUGCUCGGUAGCCGCUCUGCCCGGGAUGGGAGUCGGUCUGGUUAAAGGAGGAGUGUACGCCGUAGCCGGAGGAGUGAGCGCUGUCGGCUCUGCGGUGGUCAGCAGGGUUCCCAUCGGAGGAGGAGGAGGCAAAAAGAAGGACAAGUCUGACUGACGGAGGGAGGAGGACGAGUUAACGGCUCAGCACUGUGUUGGCAUUCAUGAGCAGGAAGAAGAGCAACAGAGGACUCUAAAGGUUUAGUGUACACAUUUCGGUGAUGGUUUUUGUUUUUUUCUUUAGUUUUUAAUGUAUUGUUGGCUAAACCCACGUUCAUGUGGCUCCAACUAACAAAGACUCUCCUGCUCUGUUGUUAAAGGAAACACACUAUUAUCACCAGUGCCUGAAAUUGUUCAAAUAAAAUGUCCAUGUUUCAUUUUGAUAA